AUGCAGUUCAUCAUCACGCUCGGUCUCCUCUCCGGCCUUGUCGCCGCCCAGUCGGCGACCACCACUGCUUCCUCCUCCGGAUCCACCGGCCUGCCCGGUCUCAUCAGCCAGCUGCCUACCUGCGCAAUCUCUUGCCUCAACACCGCCGCCAGCAACAUCGGCUGCGCAACAACAGACUUCAGCUGUUUGUGCAACAGCCAGGACAAGCUCAUCUCCAGCUUGACGCCCUGCGUGCUGACGGCCGGCUGUUCUACCGACGACAUUGCUAAGGCUGUAAAGAUCGCGCCCCAAAUUUGCUCCGAAGUCGACAACAACCCCGCCGCGUCCGACAUUGCGUCCGCUUCAAACCUCGUUACUGGCGCCCUUGGCACCGCAACCGGCAGUAGCGCAGCCACUGCCACUGCCACGCCGGCCGCCGCCGCAAGGCCCACGAACGGCUACUUCGGCAUUCUCGGCGCCGGUGCCGUUGCUCUGGCUGCCUUUGCCCUUUAG